GGAGGGUGUCCAUCUUGAAGCCACUGCGUAUCUUUGAUCAAUCCUUAGCGGAAGUGUCUGGGAUCGGUUCAAUCCACCCCUGCGUCCAAAACAGGCGCUUGAAAAACCGGAGGAGGGGAGGAUUUGUUUUUUUAAAGGGUGGUCUACAUCUCAUCCCCUCUCCAUCACCGCCAGCAGGGCUUCUUCCAGCGUCGCUGUUCACCGAUUAUUGCCGCUUUACCACCGUAGGAUAUGCUUCAGCAGGUCUGCGGAAUAAAAGCCUGCCUGGACACGGGAGGGGAUUAAGUUACUGCUCCUUGCGGCGGAUUAUUUUAUUGGCCUCCUGUCGCGGCAGAGACUCUUCGGUGAGCCUUUUCCCAAUUAGGAGAGGUCGCUUACAACCCAGACAUGUCGUUCCGUCGAGGUGUCGUCAGGCAGAGUAAGUUCCGCCACGUGUUCGCGCAGGCCUGGAAGGCCGAGCACUGCCUGGACGACGUCAGAGUGUCCCGGGUGACGUGGGACAGCCCCCUCUCCGCCGUCAACCCCAAGUUUGUUGCCGUUAUCAUCGAAGCGGGAGGAGGAGGAGCGUUCCUCGUCGUUCCCAUCACCAAGAGUGGCAGAAUUGACCAGUCCUGCCCCAUGGUCUGUGGACACGCAGCGCCGGUCCUGGACAUCCAGUGGUCCCCUCACGAUGACAACAUCAUUGCAAGUGCCUCAGAGGACUGCACAGUGAAGGUGUGGCAGAUCCCAGACGGUGGGCUGACGACCCCGAUGACCGACGCCAUCGUGACCCUUGAGGGGCACAGUAAACGAGUGGGAAUCCUGGCUUGGCACCCCAGUGCCUUCAACAUCCUCCUAACUGCAGGUUGCGACAAUGUGAUUUGCGUUUGGAACGUGGGCACAGGGGAACUCGUGUACCAGCUCGAUGACGCCCACCCUGACCUGAUCUACAGUGUAAGCUGGAACAAGGAUGGCAGCGCUGUCUGUACAGUGUGCAAGGACAAGGCCCUGCGCGUCAUAGACCCCCGCAGAGGCACUGUUCUAAAGGUCAGAGAGAAGGUGCAUGAUGGUACAAGGCCUAUGAGAGCUGUGUUCCUCUCUGACGGAAAAAUCUUGACCACAGGCUUCAGCCGUAUGAGUGAGAGGCAACUGGCUUUAUGGGAUACGAAAGAUCUCUCCGAGCCGAUGGCCAUACAAGAAAUGGAUACGAGUAAUGGAGUUCUUCUCCCUUUUUAUGACCCCGACACUAACAUGGUCUACCUCUGUGGAAAGGGCGACUGCACCAUCAGAUAUUUCGAAGUGACGGAUGAAUCCCCAUACGUUCACUUUCUCAGUUUAUACAGCAGCAAGGAGCCUCAGAGAGGUGCCGGCUUUCUUUGUAAAAGGGGUGUAGAUGUCAACAAGUGUGAAAUCGCACGAUUUUAUAAGCUGCACGAAAGAAAAGUGGAACCUAUUUCAAUGACUGUACCGAGAAAAUCAGAUCUGUUCCAAGGAGACCUUUACCCGGACACUGCCAGUUUAGAGCCGGCUCUGCUGGCUGACGAAUGGAUCGCUGGGCAGGACGCGCCGCCUCUCUUGGUCUCCUUGAGCGGUGGGUACACGGCUCCAACAUCCAAACACAGAGACACCCUCAGAGGCAAGCCCAAGCUCACCUCUCAGGACUCUGGGACCGGGGGAGCCGCAUCGUCGGCGGGGACCGUAGCGACGGCUCCCACGUCCACGCCUACCUCUGUCACCAAGGAGAUGGAAGAAGAGGUGCCCCAGCCUCAACCGCAUCCGCGACAGGCUGCACGGGAGAUAGAUGGAAAUACUGAGAGGCCAAGGAGAGAGGAUGACAUGCUGACAGAGUUGUUAACAGAAAUGAAGGCUUUGCGGGCCGUGGUGCUCGCUCAGAACCAGCGGAUUGAGCAUCUGGAGAGGCAACUGGCCCGCAUUGAAGACGGCGACGUAUGAGGCGGCGAAAAGAUUUGCUACAUUCGGACAGUAUUCUUAAUACAGCUAUAGACCGUAGCCUUACUAGAGUUAAACAGUUGUGUGAGUGGAAGAACGUAGAGUAGAGACUAACUGGGAAUUACAGUGGCUUGAAACCCGGUCCGCUGCUACAAUCAAAACAUUUUUUUCCUUUGAUUUGCAGGGUUUUUAGCUUGUGAUUAAAAACGGGGUGUCAUCUGCAAAGAGUGUAAUAUCCAGCGAGAUUUUUUGUUCACAUUAUGAAGGAUAUUGUAGCAGUUUUUUGGUGAUAAAGCUUGGAUCUUUGCAAAAUCCAUGCUUCUGAUUCCAAAAGACUGAAGUCGGUACAUCACUGCCUCAAAUUUAAGCAACAGGCACUAAUAAGCGGUCCUUUAGCAAAAAAGUCAAGUAAAGAUGUAAUCACUAGAGAAUUUAAUUCAGGUAGUUUCAGCUACUAAACUGUGAUAUUAUAUCAGAAUCGUUGACUUUUUGUGUGACUUUUUUUUUUUUCAUUUUCUUAUCUAUAAACCACUGUGGAAAUUGUGAGUGAUAGUUGGUGAGAAAGUAGCUGAAUAUCUUUGUGCAUUUUAGUUCAGUGUGGUCGCUACAGUCAACAAAAAGGUCAAACACUUGUGAUGUUGCACGUUGUGUCCUUAAAUGAGAGCAGUGACGUGAAAAUUUGUGCAAACACCAUGAAGCGAAGCGUUUGAUCUUUAUCAUAAAUAUGCACAUAAUACACUUCGCCUCUUUUCUGCAAAACAAAUGGGAAAUGACCAGUAAACUCAAAGUCUUAUAGAGGCUAACUAAAAGUAAGUUCAAAUAUAAGCAAACACUAAACUGAUUGUGCUGUAAAGUUGAAGUACAACACACUUACUUUAUCCAAAUCUGACCUGUUUGAAGCUCCAUAAAAAGAGGAAGUUAACAUGUAAUGUGAAACGUUUUCUUCACUUUAGAGCGACAUCCGUGUCGGUGUUAAAAGAUGUAAAAUCUUGUUGUUGUUUUUUUUUUUUUGGUUUGUUUGUUUUUUUCUUGUGGUUUUGAAUGUGUUUUAAAUUUUAAAGGCGUAUGUUACUGUACGUUUCAGUUGAUUGUAGUGUAGCAACAUUAUCAAAUCCAAAAGACUUCCCUUUUUAACUUUGUUUCUGUAUGCACUGACCUCUGAACACUAACUGUAAAACCAGUCACAUGUUCUAUGAGACCACCAUUAAACUUUAUUUUAUACUUUGGA